CCCGCUCAGCACUAUCCUGCUGAGUCGUGCCUCCAUCCACUAGUGUAUUUGCGUCAAAAUGUCGAACAACGUUCACGUCAUCGCCCAAACCGGAUUCGGUGAAGGAACGAACGAGCUGUAUGACCGCGCUCGUCCUUCCUACCCCUCCGAGAGCCUCGAGUUCAUCCGCUCCCUCAAUCCGUCUGACUCGCUCAACAUCCUCGAACUCGGCGCCGGCACCGGCAUCUUCACCCGCGCGCUCCUCGCGCACCCCGCCUGGACCGGCAACGCCAUCGCCUCGCUGCGCGCGGUCGAGCCCAGCGCAGGCAUGCGCACCGUCUUCGCGCGCACCGUCAUCGUACCCGAGCUCGACCCCGGCCAGCGCGUGAGCGUGCACGACGGCACAUUCGACGGCACCGGCGCGCCCGACGGCUGGGCGGACCUGGUCAUCAUCGCGCAGGCGUUCCACUGGUGUCCCGACCACGAGGCGGCGUGCACGGAGUUGAGGCGCGUGCUCAAGCCCGGCGGGGCGCUGUGUUUGAUUUGGAAUUUGGAGGAUCGGGACGGCGCACAGUGGGUCGCGCGUCUGCGCGACACGUACGAGGUGCAUGAAGCGGGCACGCCGCAGUACCACCGUGGCCUCUGGCGCCCGUUCUCGACGGUGUCGGCGUACACGGAGGGCUUCGCGGGCCCGCCGGAGGAGUAUAAUUGGAAGCGUGUGCUUCCAGCGACGGCCGAUAUCGUGAGCGAGCGCGUGUUCAGCAAGAGCUACAUCACGGUGUUGUCCGAGGAAGAGAAAGCCAGGCUCGCGCGGGACGUCCAGAGGAUUGUUGUGGACGAGGGGGAGCAGGGAGGUAAGAGGUGGAUGGACAAGGAGAAGGGCGUGUUUGAGUAUCCGUAUAAUACCCAUCUGGUUGUUGCGAGGACGAAGGCUUAGGCUUAGGUUUUUAUUGUAUAUAUAAACCAGAUGCUCUACACCUUCAUCGGUCGUGCAUCCUGUAUCAGGAUUUCAAUCAUAAUCGC